CUCCCUUUCAUUCAUCUCUUUUCAAUUCUUCACCUCACAGAUAAUUCCGUCAUGUUUCCAGACGUUUGUUUAGUGUCGACCAGGGACGGAGAUGAUCAGAUACAUUACUUUGACGCCAUCCCGGCAGCAUCCGAGCCGAAUCGGGCAAUCCUCACGCCUAUCGAUCGCUGGACCCAGCAAGCUCCCUCUUUAAAUUGUUUUUUUCUGUCGGCCAACCCACGAGACUUGCACAAUAGUAAAGAAGCAAGAAAAUGACAAACAAAGAAACAAAAAGAGGGGGAAAUUCCCCUAGUCACUUCCUUGCACUCAAGAACAAAUUAUAGCCUAACAAAAGAGCAAAAAAAGAAACUGCUUGACCGAGACAGGGGUCGAACCU